GAGGCUUUGUUUAACCUGCUCAGGGCUGUGAUUAGAAUAAGGGCCAGCACAUGGUAGGCCUUUGGUAAACAUUUGUGAAAUGAGUGAGUGAUGGCAGAUCAAGGCUGCAUGAUAAUUAUUUUUAAUUUCAGGACUGAGAAGGAGUUUAGGAAAUGGUUUGGGAAGGAGGAAAAUAUUUAUUUGUUUAAAAUGAGUUGAAUCACACAGCUAUCUGUGGAAAGAGUCUGGGACCAGUGUGCGCAAAGGUCCCGAGGCAGGAGUCCUUUGCUUGCCUGAUGUUUUCAGGAGAUGGCAGGGAGGCCAGCAUGGCUGGGGAGGAAGGGCUGGAGAGAAAGGGAUAGGAAGUCAGAAUGGUAACCAGUGAGGAUUUAUUCACUUCUCCACUCACAGCACUAAGAAUCGUGCCCAGAACAUGGUCGGUGUUCGGGGAAAAAUGUGUCGAAUGCUCACAUGUGAUGCUUGAAUGCCAAAGCAGGGAAUGGUAGAGAAAACCCUGAAUAGAUAAAUUAAGUUUCUUCCUAUCCCAGCAGAGUGGAGGACUUGGAAUAGACACGAAACAGAGUUGUUAAACUGUCACCAACCAAAUGGGGAUUGUGACCUCACACACCCAUGCAGUGGACCACAGGCCAACUCACCCUCACUGGGCCCUGGGUUUCAGGGGUGACUUCACAAUGGCCAGGGUGGUGCCCUGCCCACUGCCCUGGUCCCAGUCCACCAUGCUCACCACCCUGUGGCUGCUGCUCAGCCUCGCUGCCCCCUUGCUGGGGCUCUAUGCUUCCUUCAACUGUCCCAACGAGAAGCAAUGCCAAAAAGCCCUCCUCUCAGACAAUGACAUCUUCUUGCCCUGCAACACUUCUGGGGCACAGUGGUACUUCUUCCUGCAAGACAAGACCAGCUGGUCCAAGGAAGUGUCCAGUGUUCCCAACAUAGAAAUAAUAUCCGAAUCCGGCAUUCUCAUCAGAAACCCGUUGCCCUCCCAGACGGGCUUCUACCGCUGCCGGGACAAGAAUGGCAUCCAAGUGGUGCAGUACGAGAUUGAUUUCCAGGAUGUCAGCACCCUGCAUAUUACCCACAAAGGCCUGGGCCAGAAGCCCCUGCGGAACGAGACCCUGAGUCUGGGUGGUGAGGAGCUCGUCUUCACCCGGUGGGAGCCCUGGCAGGACUGUAACCGCUGCGGGGAGCCGGGGGAGCGGAAGCGCCUGGGCUACUGCUACAUUGUGGAGCCCUUGCAGGAGCCCGUGCCCUGCUGGCUCUACCUGGGAGAUAUGAAACUGUUGUCUAGCCGCAUGCGGCCCGAGAUGCAGGUGGAGGCCUGCCAGGUCCCGUGCCAAACAUCCACGUUGGAUGUCAUCACCUUCGACAACUUUGAGAUCAGUGAGGAUUCAGGAUCCGUGUGGCUCACCUGCCCCCAGGGAUCUAUCUAUAGGCCCAUCCUCUGGGAAGCCAACGACAUCCCCCUGACCUGGCAGGGCCAGCUCUCCAACCAAGACUACAACACCAUUCUGGAACCCACCAACGGUGGCAGGCGACUGCGGGUCUUCGAGCCAGCCAUUUACAGGUGCUUCGUGAAACAGAAGCUCGUGGCUCGCUUCAACCCCAAGCCCGUUCCAGAUUUGCCGGAGAUCCUCAGCCAAGAUGCACCUAGACCACAGCAGGAGUCAAGGGAGGCCUGGAAGGGGAAGGCCAGGUCUGUCCUCAAGGCGCUCAAGUUGGUGCUGCUGGUGGGCAUCGUCCUGGGCCUGCUCGGGCUGCUGCACAAGCUCUUCCACCCUUCCCACCACAAAAGAAGUGACCAGGUGCUGCUGGUGAAAUAAAGCGAGCCCUCGGUGCCCAGGACACCUGGUCUCUGUGUCUUCAUCCCGUGAACUGUCCUUCCCAUGGCACUGGGGGGGGGGGCGCAAGACUGACCCAUGGCCACAGCUGAGGC